AUGAACCUCUGCGUGUGCCUGUCUGGCGCGCAGCGCCGCGCUAGGGGCUGCGUGGCGCUCUGGGUGCUGCUCUUGGCUCAGGUAGGUGUGCGGGCACCUGCGUGCGCCGUGGGAACCGCGCCCAGGAGCCCGAGCGUCCCACAUCCUCCCUCUCCCGAGGAGCUGCCGGGAUGGAUGGAAGCGGGCGAAUUUGACCUGGUCUCUGCCUACGAGGUUGACCACAGGGGAGAGCCCCUGUCCGGUGAGAUCAGCCCUCAUCAGAGACAGAGGAGAGCGGCCGCCCAGUUAGGAGCUGACUCUCUUCACCUUCACCUGAAAGGCGCCAAGCACGAUUUCCACAUGGAUUUGAGAACUUCCAGCAGCCUCGUGGCUCCGGGAUUUAUCGUGCAGACCUUGGGGAAGGGAGGCACCAAGUCUGUGCAGACUCUGCCGCCGGAGGACUUCUGUUUCUACCAAGGCUCUGUGCGAGCCCACAGAAAUUCCUCCGUCGCCCUUUCCACCUGCCAAGGGUUGUCAGGCAUGAUAAGAACAGAAGAGGCAGAUUACUUCCUCAAGCCGCUCCCUGUGCACCUCCAGGGGAAGCUGCACGGCUCUGCACCGGGCAGCCCUCCCUCCCAUGUCCUGUACAAGCGCUCCACCGAUGCCCGAGCUCCCCGGGCCGCCCAGCACGUGGUGACCACCAGGACGUUGGCUCCAGCCAGUCAGCCCCUGCACCGUGGCAGCCUCCAGCUCAGGCUCCCACAGAAGCAGCAUUUCUGUGGAAGACGCAAGAAAUACAUGCCCCAGCCACCCCGUGAAGACCUCUUUGUCCUGCCUGACGAGUACAAGCCUUGCGUCCGGCAGAAGCGCUCUCUCCUGAAGUCCCACAGGACUGAGGAGCUGAACGUGGAGACGCUGGUGGUCGUGGACAACAUGAUGAUGCGGAACCACGGGCAGGAAAACAUCACCACCUAUGUGCUGACCGUCCUCAACAUGGUGUCUGCUUUAUUCAAAGAUGGAACAAUAGGAGGAAACAUCAACAUUGCGAUUGUAGGUCUGAUUCUUCUGGAAGAUGAACAGCCAGGACUGGCGAUUAGCCACCACGCGGACCACACCUUGAGUAGUUUCUGCCAGUGGCAGUCUGGACUGCGGGGGAGAGACGGGACCCGCCAUGACCAUGCCAUCUUACUGACCGGUCUGGAUAUAUGCUCCUGGAAGAAUGAGCCCUGUGAUACUUUGGGAUUUGCACCCAUAAGUGGGAUGUGCAGCAAAUACCGCAGCUGCACGAUUAAUGAAGACUCGGGUCUCGGACUGGCCUUCACCAUCGCCCACGAGUCUGGACACAACUUUGGCAUGGUCCACGAUGGAGAAGGGAACGUGUGUAAAAAGUCAGCGGGCAACAUCAUGUCCCCGACGUUAGCAGGUCGAAAUGGAGUCUUCUCCUGGUCAUCCUGCAGCCGCCAGUAUCUGCACAAAUUUUUAAGCACGGCUCAGGCAGUGUGCCUAGCUGAUCCACCAAAGCCCGUGACGGAAUACAAGUACCCCGACAAGCUGCCCGGACAGCUAUAUGACGCAAACACUCAGUGCAAGUGGCAAUUCGGAGAGAAAGCCAAGCUCUGCAUGCUAGACUUCAAAAAGGACAUCUGUAAAGCCCUGUGGUGCCACCGGAUUGGGAGGAAAUGUGAGACUAAAUUUAUGCCGGCAGCAGAAGGCACUGCGUGUGGGCACGACAUGUGGUGCCGUGGAGGGCAGUGCGUGAAGUAUGGUGAUGAAGGCCCGAAGCCCACCCAUGGCCAUUGGUCAGACUGGUCUCCUUGGUCCCCGUGCUCCAGGACCUGCGGGGGAGGCGUGUCCCACAGGGACCGCCUCUGUUCCAAUCCCAGACCAUCGCAGGGAGGGAAGUUUUGCACAGGCUCACCUCGCACCCUCAAGCUUUGCAACAGUCAGAAGUGUCCCCAGGACAGUGCUGACUUCCGCGCAGCUCAGUGUGCUGAGCACAACAGCAGGCGGUUCCGAGGGCGGCACUACACAUGGAAGCCGUACACCCAUCUGGAAGAUCAGGACUUAUGCAAACUCUACUGUAUCGCAGAAGGAUUUGAUUUCUUCUUUUCUUUGUCAAAUAAAGUCAAAGAUGGGACUCCAUGCUCGGAGGAUAGCCGUAAUGUUUGUGUAGAUGGGAUAUGUGAGAGAGUUGGCUGUGACCAUGUCCUGGGGUCUGACGCUGUUGAAGAUGCCUGUGGGGUCUGCAGGGGGAAUAACUCAGACUGCACGACUCACAGGGGCCUCUACACCAAGCAUCACCACACCAACCAGUAUUACCAUGUGGUCACCAUUCCUUCUGGAGCCCGGAGUAUCCGAGUCUAUGAAAUGAACGUAUCGACCUCCUACAUCUCUGUACGCAACGCCCUCAAAAGAUACUACCUGAACGGGCACUGGACCGUGGACUGGCCUGGCCGAUACAAGUUUUCCGGCACUGCCUUCGACUACAGACGGUCCUAUAGCAAGCCCGAGAACUUAAUCUCUUCUGGACCCACCAACGAGACACUGAUUGUCGAGCUUCUGUUUCAGGGCAGGAACCCAGGAAUUGCCUGGGAAUACUCAGUGCCUCUGUUGGAGGCCGAGAAGAAACCCAUUGCCCGGCCCAGCUACACCUGGGCCGUGCUGCGCUCCGAGUGCUCCGUCUCCUGUGGAGGGGGGCACAUGACUACAAGAGAGGGCUGCUACAGAGACCUGAAGUUUCCCGUAAAUGCAUCCUUCUGCAAUCCCAAGACCCGCCCUGUCACGGGGCUGGUGUCCUGCAGAACAGCGGCCUGUCCUCCCAGCUGGUCGGCGGGGAACUGGAGCACCUGCACCCAGACGUGCGGCGGAGGCGUCCAGACCCGGCCCGUGCGCUGCACGCGGCGCGCUCGCCACCACAUGGAGCCUGUCCCCGCCAGCCUGUGCCCGCACCCCGAGCCCCCGGGCCGCCAGGCCUGUAACCUGCAGCGCUGCCCGCCCGCCUGGAGCGCCGGGCCCUGGGCCGAGUGCUCACGAACCUGCGGGAAGGGCUGGAGGAAGCGCGCGGUGACCUGUAAGAGCACCGACCCUGGGCCCAAAGCGCGGCUGCUGCCCGACGCAUCCUGUACCUCAGAGACCAAGCCCAGGACGCACGAGGUCUGCCUCCUACAGCGCUGCCACGGCCACAAGAAGCUGCAGUGGCUAGUGUCCGCCUGGUCCCAGUGCCCUGUGACAUGUGAAAGAGGAACGCAGAAAAGAUUCUUAAGGUGUGCGGAAAAGUACGUUUCCGGGAAGUAUCGAGAGCUGGCCUCCAAGAAGUGUUUGCAUCUGCCAAAGCCCGACCUGGAGCUGGACCGCGCCUGUGCCCUGUUUCCGUGCCCCAAGCACCCCCUGUACGCAGCCUCGGCCCCCUCAAGGGGCAGCUGGUUUGCCUCACCCUGGUCUCAGUGCACAGCCAGCUGUGGGGGCGGCGUCCAGACCAGGUCCGUGCAUUGCCUGGCCGGUGGCCAGCCAGCAUCGGGCUGCAUCCUGCACCAGAAGCCCACAGCCUCCCUGGCCUGCAACACCCACUUCUGCCCCAUAGCAGAGAAGAAAGACGCCUUCUGCAAAGACUCCUUCCACUGGUGCUACCUGGUGCCCCAGCACGGAAUGUGCACCCACAAGUUCUACGGUCGCCAGUGCUGCAGGGCCUGCUCCAAGUCCAACUUGUGA